AACAAAAAAAGAGUUCCUCUUUGUUUUGCUCUCGAGUUGCGAGAUUCGACGACAUCGCUUGUGAAUUCCAGAAGCAGAGGAAGCAAUGAAUUUCUCUCUAUGACUUUGCUGAUCAUAUGCACACACACACAUAUAUAUAUAUAUACAAACAUCAUGUAAAAUAGCUUCUUCUUGAAGCUGCAUUUCUUCGUACUAAGCUGUAUAGAUCGAUAACGAUGAUGUCCCCAAAGCAGAUUUCAGAAGACCGAGGCUCUUCCAAUCCGGCUACGUUCAGGCACACUCCAUUGCAGAUAAUCCACAUUAUUGGCAACUUUAUGAGAAUAUGGUCGGUUUACUCCAUGUACCACUACUUGUCUCAGACAGGAGCUUCAGUUUUACUUUUUAUCUUCAGUUGUCUGAUUCCAUCAUCCAUCAUAUUUUUAGUUUUGCAAAAGCCGUGGAAGGGCAGACCGCUUUCUAAUACACAGGUAGUACCUUCUAUAAUAAAUGGUGGAAUAACAGCUUUAUACUUCAUUUUGUGGGGAAAGGGUGUCAAAUCAUGUGGCCCUGUCAGGGCUAUAAUGGCAGAAUAUUCCGGUGCCGUCCUUGGAGUAUUAUCUGCAGUAUUGUAUGGAAGAAGGGGCCGUGUCUGGAAAAAGGUCGGUGGACUCAUUGCAAUGUUAGGCUCUUUGUACUUGUUAUCUCAAGGGUGGGCCAUGGCCACACAUUCCCCGUUCUCAUCUAGUGAUAAUCCUGAUACUGAGGUUCAGACAGAACAAGUUCUGGGCAUGAAGGAAAUGGUGGUUCCCAUCGUUGCUGGAAUCUUAUCUGCGUUAAGAAGGGUAAUUGCAAGGCGUGUUUCACUCAAGAAUCAACUUAAGAGGCGACUUAAUGCCAUAACUAUUGCUGCUGCAACUUGUUUUCUCUUUCCUGUGGCCAUGUGGGACAUGAUUAUAGGAUCAACUUCUCAUAGCAGCAUAGAGGUGCCAUUUUCUGCAUGGGCUUUUUUGAGCACGAUAGUCUUUGGAAUUAUCAUGAUAUUCUAUGUCGACAGUAUAGCAGAGGAGAGACUGCAUAUGGUUUUCUCUUCUCCAAAGCAUUUAAUGGUUGCUGGAGGAUGCAUCAUUGUCAUGGAGAUUGUGUACAAAAUGGAUUUUUCUCUGCUGGGCUUUCUUAUCUGCUCCACAAUUUUGGGCUUUGGGAUUUAUGAAGCAACUUCUUUGGAACGUGUUAGCAAGGAUUCUUUGCUGAACUCAGAUCCAUCGAAUGGGAUAUUUGAAGACCAAAUUCGGAUGGCUUCACUACCAACUUGAAAUAUAAGCAUUUUGAGGUUUAUCCACAAUGCCAGCAAAUUAUUGCGGAUGCCUUUCAUUUGGUUGAUCCUACUUGUAAGUUGUAAUCAUAAUUGUCUGCAAAGAAUCUACAUAUCUUGCACGGCCUCUCUCAAAUCUUGAUUGUUGGACUCCUAACGAAGUUCCCAUUGUAUUUCUGACUCUCGACUUUGAUAUGGGGACAGAAAGCGAAGCAUAUAGGAAGAUUGGGUUGUGAAUAUUGAGGUUGUUGCCGUUUUAAGUAGAGCCCAUGUUUUUUUUGAUUGUUGUGAGUUCAGUUAACAAUCGAGGGGGGUGGAAGAAAAAUACUUGCACAGAUGAAGAUUGCAUUUAAAAUACAAUUUCCUCUUUGUUUUGCAAUCAAUUUCUAGUGACAGCAUACAACUACAUUUUUCUAUUUAUUCAUUUAGCCUUUAGUAUUUUUAUUUAUCUAUUAAAUCUUGUUAAGUACUUGUUGAUCAUUUAGUUUAUUCAAC